AUGGUAGCUAUGCGAUCCACCGUCUUCUUCGCCCUGGCCGGCUCAGUGUGGUCCUGGGACACGUCCAAGGACAUUGCCUCGGCCAAGCAGGUGCAGAGCCGUGUGGCCGACCUGCAGGCCUCGCUGUCGCUCUCGGUCAACAAGGAGAACCCGCCGUACCAGUCGGCCGACAUUGCCAACGAGCCUGCGUGCCCCAGCAUGAUUACCAGCUGCAAGACCAUGUACUUCCGCAACAUGAACUGGCUCGACAGCGUGGGCAAGAUCAUCAUCACCGCGAGCGCGCACGUUGACGGGGACCUCGAGACGCGCCACACGGGCGGCACUCCCAUGGCGGACAAGGUGACGACCAAGACGUCCACCAUGGACACGACGUCGACGACCAAGGGCUGGAAGGUCGGCCUCAAGCUGGGGGGCUCCAACGCGGCCGCGGGCCUCGCGGGCGACGUCUCGGGCGAGUACAGCGAGCAGUACACGAACGCGAAGCAGACGACGAUUGAGCGCUCUGUCGAGAAGUCGUGCCCGCCGGACCACCGCUGCACGAUCCAGACCAUCACGUACCAGGCCAAGAUGCCGGGCAACUGCUUCUCGCACCCCAUCAUCGACUGCGGCGGCGGCUACGACGUGUGCGGCUCGUUUGCCAAGACGCCCGUUGCCGGCCGCUACCCGACCACCGACGUCAAGGACUUUAUCUUUAAGCCCUGCGACCAGAUGCUCGACUUUGGCACGCGCCAGUGCUCCCGCGACUUUACCAAGACGGCACCCUGCGAGAUCUCGGUCCCCAUCCUCAACAGCGCCGGCCAGCCGUACUCGCACAUGAUUACCACCCAGGAGAAGCUGACCAAUGUCGCGGCUCGCGACGAGGGCAAGGCGGCGCGUCGCAACCAGGUGACUACGAGGGAGGUCGUGACGCCCCCCGCAGAUCUCAUUGUGGAAUUCCUUGACGAUAUCUAA